CAUGACGGAAGAAUCCAGGAAGUGUUUUGGUUACACAAGGCGGAAGCGUAUAUUUUAGUGAACCUGAAAGUGUUUUUGGAGAAAACCUGGUUAACGACGAGCACCACGAUUAUAACUCUCUAUUCACUGGGCGGAGUGGAUAUUGUUUUCACUGUUGGUAAACUGGAUCACUCCAGUGCUGCUCACUACAUCCGCUUCUUCCCCCUGAGAGUUUGGCGUCUGACCUCGAUCACCAUCAGUGCCUGUGUGUCCAGACUCCACUUCCACCUUUUACCCUUCGUUAACCUGUAGUUUUCAGCCCAUCUCAUCCAUAACAGUCCAUCUCUGUCAAUGGCUGGGCGUGGUGGAGGAUCAACCAGGCCAAAUGGUGCCGCAGCAGCAAACAAAAUCUGCCAGUUCAAACUGGUGCUGCUGGGGGAGUCAGCAGUGGGCAAGUCCAGCUUAGUGCUGCGCUUCGUCAAAGGCCAGUUUCAUGAAUUCCAGGAGAGUACCAUUGGAGCCGCAUUCCUCACUCAGACCGUCUGUCUGGACGACACCACUGUGAAGUUUGAGAUCUGGGACACAGCAGGUCAAGAGCGCUACCACAGUCUGGCUCCAAUGUACUACAGAGGCGCUCAGGCGGCCAUCGUGGUCUAUGACAUCACCAACACAGAUACUUUUGCACGAGCGAAGAACUGGGUGAAGGAGCUGCAGAGACAAGCCAGUCCAAACAUCGUGAUCGCUCUGGCUGGAAACAAGGCUGACAUUGCCAACAAGAGAGCCGUAGACCUUCAGGAGGCACAAACAUACGCUGAUGACAACAGUCUACUCUUCAUGGAGACCUCAGCCAAGACUGCCAUGAACGUCAAUGAAAUUUUCAUGGCUAUCGCGAAGAAGCUACCGAAGAGCGAUCCUCAGGGUGCAGCUGGACAAGGGGGCCGGACCAGGACAGGAGUUGAUCUACAACAAGCUGCUCCUCAGAGCGGCAGCAGCAAGUGCUGCGGCGGCAGCAAUUAGCAAGUACAAAACAAUGAACUUAGUGAGCGAGCCCUGAACAUCGUUUUAAGGACAGCGCGUAGCUUAAACCCAGAGAGGCAGGAGAGGGCAGAGCCACUCGCCACCCUGCACUUAAACUGAGAUUACAGAUGAGAUUAUCUGGAUCCUCUUUGAUUAAAGGAACUUUUUUUUUUAAAGAAUCAUAAGCUAGAGGGAAUUACCAAGAUCCCUCACUUCUUCUUCUCUGUCUUUCCCCCGUGUAUCUAUCGAUCUACCUCCCUGUUCAUCUUCAGCUUGUCUCUGUUGAUUUUUUUUCUGUCUUAAAUGAUUUUUUUGAAGGGUGAUUCUGAGGUUGGUUGCCAUUUUCCCUAUUUGUUGAGUGUGUGUGUCUAUGUAAUGCAUGUGUAUGUAUAUUCUACAUACACAUGCAUGUGUAUUGGCAGUUUACUUUUCUACUCAUUUCCCUCUACAGUGAUCGUCAUUAUGAAACAUACAAAUACCCAACUACUAAUGCUGAAAUUGCAAACUACAGAGCAUUUAAUCUUAAAGUUUUUGUCUUAUUGCAAUUUAUCCUCAGCAUUUUGUUCUCAUUAGGGACCUGGGCCUGACACAGAUAUAAGGAAAGCUCCAGACUUUGCUUAUUGAAGCAGGUUGUGAUUAAACAGGCUACACAUCUGAAGAUGUUUCUGAACUGUGCAACAAAUGCAGUUGUUUGCAUUUAUUGUGUAUUGAUACCAGAGAGUUGUUAGCCUUUUUAAAAAGAAAUGUGAAAAUAACUUGUAAAUCUAAAAAAAAAAAGAAGUAAUAAAUAACAUGCAAGAUUCAAUUUGUUUUGAGUUGUUUUGCAGUGGUAUGAUGUGAGUGGAGGGUUAUUUGCAUAAGUCUGUUGGCGGUGCAGGCGGGUUCAAACCAAUGUGGCCUGGUUUGGCGUAACAAGCAGCACAGCCUCUUUAGAAGGCUUUUAGAUUUGUUAGAGGCUGUAUUGGUCCAAAUAUAAGACAUAGUUUGCUGUAUUUUUUACUGCAAAUUACAGCCGACAAACCAAACGUAUGACAUGCAAUCAGCAGGGUUUUUUAAAAUUCUGUUUUGGAUUAUUCAUUGGAAUGAAGAACACCAUGUUUAUCAGAUUUUAAUCAUAUUUGUAGAUCUGCCACUUCCACCAAGGAAGGUAUGUUUCCGGUUUGGUUUAAUGAUUGGUUUGUCUGUUUGUCAGUGAGAUUUCUGAAAAACUACUGGCCACAUUUUUAUGAAACUUGCUGGAAGGAAGAAUCCAUAAAAUUUUGGAGCAGAGCCAAACCACAGAGGAGUUUACACCAAUUAUUUCCCACUUUUAAUAACAUUGCAAGAUCAAGCAUUUGGCCUUGGCAGAGGUGUCCAGUUUUUUUUAUGGAUUCUUUAUACCAUAUAUAUAUAUUAUUAAGACAUGAAAAAACAUUAUUUAAAGAUGUCAACUAUGAUAUAGCUGCCAUUUGGGUUGAGGUGGAUUAUCUUACAAUUAGAACUUAUAGGUCUUAUAUUUGAGUUUAUAUGGUUCUGUCCAAAUUCUCUAAAUUACAUACUGAUGGUGUUCAAAGUCUGCAUUGGUAGUAAGCAUCGAGCAACAAAAAGUACUUGGUCAUAACAACAACUGUCAUAUUUUAUUUGCACCUUAUUACAGCAACUUUGUAGCUUGGCAAAUCUCAUUCAGAACUAAAUACACUGAUAUGGAGAAAGAGAUUUCUUUCCUGUUUUUAAAUGUUAUUCAUACAGCUUUUUAAAUUCCAUAUUCAUCUGUUAGCCACUGAUCAGAGCUUUGGAACAUUGGGGGAGAAAUCACCAUGAUUAAAUUGGCUAUGAACAGAUCCAUAAUCCAGUUACUAACAAAUGUUUGAAUUGGAUUCAUGGCCACAUGUUCUGCAAUGCAAAAACAGUUAAUUGUUAGCCUAAAAUGUACAUUUCUUAGUGCGAUAAGGCAGCAUAUACUGCGUCAAUAAAAAAAUCAACCACUAGAUGGCAGCAUCAUGCUUUAAUCUAGGUUUAUUAAUCACAAAUGUGUUCUGUUAAAUGCAUGUCUAGCCAUUCAUUUACAUGUAGUCAAUAUUUCCUUUUAAAAGUUUUUUUAAAAAUGCACACAUUAAAUUAAUAUGAAAUAUGUCUGUGUAUUUGUGGUAGCUUUUAGUAAAAUAUUACCAUGUUUAAGUGAUGGAGAGGACAAACUCUUUCCCACAUUUUAAUAGCUUUAAAAAAAAUUAGCACACCUUCUGUGUUUGCAUUUGUAUGCACAGCCAUCUGUGUGUAUGUGUGAAGGUGGACUGUAUGUAGAUUAGCAAUGCAAAAAAAAGCUAUUAUCGCCAAAGUAAAAGCUGUCUUUUAGAGGAUUGGCACAGUCGUGGUGUGCUUCAUUUGUGCUCACCUGAUUAUCCUGCAGCUCAUUGUAAAGCAGGGUUUCUCUGGGUUAAUGCAGCAGUUCACUGUGUUGUGAUGAACGGUGCCCUUUUUUAUAGAGGUUGCUGAAGCUCUUUGAGGUUUUAAGUCUAUUAGCUAAAAAAAAUUGUAGAAUACAUUAAAGGGCAACCAUGCAAAGGAGGAUCUCCGAGUCUGUUAAGGUUUUAGAAAUGUCUAGCAGUGUUCGGAGCAUUUCAGAAGGAGGAGCAGCUUAAAU